CGCCCAUGCCCGCAAGAAGGUGGACGACCUCGUGGACCGCGCGACAGCCUUUUACGAGGCUGCUCGCCCACAGGCGCCUCUUCUUGCGGAUGCAGAAAGCGCUAUCCUGAGCUCCCGCUCCGCUGCAGACCGGGAAGCCAUCGACAAUCUGGUCUCGUUUGCGAACCAAAACCGGGCAUCGAGAAUCUUCAAUCCGACAAGACCAACCUUCUCAUCGAUGCGCUGCUGGCUUCAGCUCCGGGGAGUGUGCCCCAGGCGCCCACGGAGCUGGAGUCCCUUCACGCGUUGAAGGAACUGAUCGAUCGGCGCAUCGAGAAGCUGACAAGCGGAUCUUCGGAUCCCCAUUGA